AAAUGAAUGAAAGUGUUCCAAUCCAGCCUAUCUUAUAACCAGAUGAAAAAAUAAAUGUCCCCUUUUUCAAUUAACUGCCCAAUAACAUUGCUGUAAAAUAUAUAAUUAUUAAAAAGGAUAUUUCUAAUCCAUCAUAAUAGCAAACUUUAGAAUUACUUGAGAAUGCCUUUAAUUAAAAACAAAUUUAUUUAGAGUUGGGAAAUUAAAAUUUAAUAUUACUUAAUCCAUUUGAAGACACCUAACAUUUGAAUGAUAAAUAAAUACAAAAUUGUAAACAGUAUUUCGUAUAAAAAAGUAAAAGAAUUAAAUAGAUAAAAAUAGAUAGUCCUUCAUAAUAUCCACCUCAUAUUUUUAAAUUUGCAGAGCUUGCUUAAUAAUCUUGCUUUUCUACAAAUAAUAAAAAUAAUACUUCAUCAAUUGUUACUUAAGGAAUAAGUGGAUCUGGUAAAUCAGAAACUUCUAAAAGUAUAAUAAGUUAUCUGGCUUCAUGGUCUAAAAGUGGAUUAUAUAUUUCAACAACUCUUAAUAAAGUAGAAAUUGAAUAAGGAUUGAUUUCAUCAAAUAUCAUUUAUGAAGCUUUUGGAAAUGCAAAAACAAAAAAAAAUGCUAAUUCAUCUAGGUUUGGAAAAAUUGUUUCAAUUUAGUUUGAGAAAGGUGGAAAAAUAAGUGGUACAAAAAUUACAACAACACUUUUUGAAAGAACUAGAGUAACAUAAUUAGGUUUUAUGGAUAGAAAUUAUCAUAUUUUCUAUUAACUUAAAAUUGCUUAUGAAAGAAUUGAAGAAUUAAGUAAAUAAUAAAAUUAUUAUCAUAGAAAAUUUUGCUUAAUAGUAUUAAGAUUAAGUUGAAUAUGACAUAGUUUAAUUAGUAGAGGAAAUAACAAAAUUCUAACUAGAUUCUGAAUUUGUACUUUUAGGGACUAAAAAUUAAAUAACAUCAAGUUCAGAUGUUUAAUCUAUUAAUUAAUCAGAUUUAAAUUAAAUUAAUUAAGAUUUUGAAAAUUUCAAAUAGCUCCUGAUAUCUUUUGGAGAUCUUGAUUUUAGUUUAGAGGAUAUUGUAAAUAUUCUUUAAUGUGUUGCUGGGCUUAUUCAUUUAGAAGAAAAUAAUUAUGAAAAAGCAGAAGAAUUGUUAAAAAUAUCAAAUCUCAAAGAAACUAUUGAUUCUAAAAUUACCAAUUUAUAAUAAAGUAAAAAAUUGUAAGCAGAAUCUAUUGUUGAUGGCAUUAUUAUGGAUUUCUAUUAUAAACUAUUUUGUUGGAUCCAAAAUAAAAUUAAUAAAUAACUUUUCUAAGAUUAUGAUUCAAAUAAGAAGUUUAUACUAAAUAUUUUUGAUAGCUUUGGAUUUGAAGUUAUAGAGAAUAAAUAGGGUGUUUAAUAGAAUUAAUUAGAAUAACUAAUGCUCAAUUAUGUCAAUGAAAAAUUGUAGAACUAUUUUUAUCUUCAUAUAAUAGAAAAUGCAGAAAGUAAAUUAAUAUUAUUAAUAUUUUUAGAUGCGUUUAUUUCAGAAAAUUUAACUCCAAUUCCUGCUAAAUUUGAAAAAAAUGAUAAAAUAAUAUCAUUGAUUGAAGAGGUAAUCUUCAAGAGUUUAAAGGAUUGUCAUUUAUUAUCGAGAAACACUGGAGAUUUGAAGGAAAUAAUUACUAAAUAGUCUCAAGAAAAAAAUCUUAAAAAUAUUUUGAUUGAUGAAUAAUAAUUAAAGACUAAAAAAUAAGCAUUAACAUCAAGUUAAAAUAUUCAUAAAUUUGAAUAAAACAUAUUAGGUAUUAGACAUACAGGAGGUGAAGUUUAUUAUUAAGUUGAUGGUUUUCUAUCCCGUAAUAAAUAUAGUGUAAGUGAGAAUCUAUAAAAUAUAAAUAAAUUGAGUUAGAAUUCUAUAAUUAAUUCAUUUGAACUACAAUCUUAAAAUCAAACUGUUGCUGAUAAUACUUUAAUAGUUUGUAGAGAUAUGAUUGAUAUUCUUAAAAAAUCUGAUACAUGGUUUGUGAAAUGCUUCUAAACAAAUUAUGAAUUACAACCAAAUAAUUUUGAUUAAAAUGCCAUUUUAACAUAAUUAAAAUAUAGUGGAAUAGAUUAAAUUUAAUAGUUUUUAAGUUAAACUUAUUACUAAACCAUACCAAAUGAAGAAUUUUUUAAUAAUUAUUAAAUUUUAAAUAGUGGAGUAAAAAAUCUAUAAGAAUUGAUGAUGUUUAUAAACGAAUAAUUUUAAGAAAUUUUUAAUUAGUCUAACGUUUGUUAAAUUUAUCAAGGAUCAAAAAAUAUUUUAAUAAAAGAUAGUUUUAAGAAAUUACUUGUUUAAAAGGAACCUUUUAAUUCAAACGAUAAAUAAUUGAUUAAAUAAAUGAACGAAUAAAAGGCUUAUUACGAAAAAGCUAUUAAAUUACUUAAUGAAAAACUUUAAAUUAGCGAAAAAGAGGCUAUAUUUUAGAAAUAAAGAGCAGAUAACUUUGAAGCUAAUCAAAAUUAAUUGUUAAGUUUAAUUUAGUAAAUGCAAAACAUUUUUUCUUAAGUAACACAAUUUUGCUAUAUUUAAUAAUUUUAAUAAUAGGGUAUGGCUAAUAAUCAACCAUUUGAGCAAAAAACUUAGGAAAAUAUGGAAAUUAAUGAUUAUAAUUAAAGAACUUCUUUAGGUUUUGGAGAUAUUUAAUGA